AAAUUCUGGCUAUCACAACAGAAGUCAUUUCAUCAACAAAACCUAAUAUCUUCGAUUUCCGUCGACCGAGAACGUCAGAACGCGCUUGAGAUCUACUCUGCCUUUCCAAUGCGGCAGUGGUCUAAUCGAGGCAAGGUAAUCCCACCUUCAACCAAUGCAUCUUUGAGAACUUCCCAUACUCAACCAACCGCUUUUCCUCCAAGAACCAAACAAGAACCAAGCAUAUUAUCAUGCAGUUCACAACUUACGACCGAAUUCCGCAACCCAUCUACAACCCCUCAGACCAAGCAAUCCCAACUACUAGGUAACACUAACCACCCCAUCAACCCCCUCCCCCCUAGCGUCCCCACCCCUCUCCUCCACUUCCCAAGGCAACCAAAUCAUCCCUAGGCAGGUCACUGAUGCCUAGCUGAAUCCAGGCAGCAGCACCAGCACAAGUCUCCAAGCAUU